CAGCGCCAGUCCGCCGCCGGGCAUACACCGUCCUGCACUCCCGCGCCCUCUGCAACAUGUUGCGCGCCGCUGCGCUUGCCGCCGCUGGCCUCGGGCCCCGCCUGGGCCGCCGUCUCCUGUCGGCCGCCACCACCCAGGCGGUGCCGGCCCCCAACCAGCAGCCUGAAGUCUUCUACAACCAGAUCUUCAUAAACAAUGAGUGGCAUGAUGCUGUCAGCAAGAAAACAUUCCCCACCAUCAAUCCAUCCACCGGAGAAGUCAUCUGUCAGGUAGCCGAAGGAGACAAGGAAGACGUGGACAGGGCAGUAAAGGCUGCCCGGGCCGCCUUCCAGCUGGGCUCACCCUGGCGCCGCAUGGAUGCGUCUGACAGGGGCCGCCUGCUGAACCGCCUGGCUGAUCUGAUUGAGCGGGACCGGACCUACCUAGCAGCCUUGGAGACCCUGGAUAACGGCAAGCCCUAUGUCAUCUCCUACCUGGUGGAUCUGGACAUGGUUCUCAAAUGCUUCCGUUAUUACGCUGGCUGGGCUGAUAAGUACCACGGGAAAACUAUUCCCAUCGAUGGGGACUUCUUCAGCUAUACCCGCCAUGAACCCGUCGGGGUGUGCGGGCAGAUCAUUCCGUGGAACUUCCCGCUCCUGAUGCAAGCCUGGAAACUCGGCCCAGCCCUGGCGACCGGAAAUGUGGUUGUGAUGAAGGUAGCUGAGCAGACUCCACUGACUGCCCUCUAUGUGGCCAACCUGAUUAAGGAGGCUGGCUUUCCUCCUGGCGUGGUCAAUAUUAUUCCUGGAUUUGGUCCCACAGCUGGGGCCGCCAUCACCUCCCAUGAGGAUGUGGACAAAGUGGCCUUCACAGGCUCCACCGAGGUUGGCCGCCUAGUCCAGGUUGCCGCAGGGAGCAGUAACCUCAAGAGAGUGACCCUGGAGCUGGGGGGAAAGAGCCCCAAUAUCAUCAUGUCAGAUGCAGAUAUGAACUGGGCUGUGGAGCAGGCCCACUUCGCCCUGUUCUUCAACCAGGGCCAGUGCUGCUGUGCGGGCUCCCGGACCUUUGUGCAAGAAGAUGUGUACGCCGAGUUUGUGGAGAGGAGCGUUGCCCGGGCCAAGUCUCGUGUGGUCGGGAACCCCUUUGACAGCCAGACUGAGCAGGGGCCGCAGGUGGAUGAAACUCAGUUUAAGAAGAUCCUUGGUUAUAUCAAAUCUGGGAAGGAGGAGGGGGCGAAGCUGCUGUGUGGUGGAGGGGCGGCUGCUGACCGUGGCUACUUCAUCCAGCCCACCGUGUUCGGAGAUGUGCAAGACAGCAUGACUAUCGCCAGGGAGGAGAUCUUUGGGCCAGUGAUGCAGAUCCUGAAGUUCAAGACCAUAGAGGAAGUCAUUGGGAGAGCCAACAAUUCCAACUAUGGGCUGGCUGCAGCUGUCUUCACCAAGGACUUGGACAAGGCCAAUUAUCUGUCCCAAGCCCUCCAGGCUGGCACUGUGUGGGUCAACUGCUAUGAUGUGUUUGGGGCCCAGUCCCCAUUCGGUGGCUACAAGAUGUCCGGGAGUGGUCGGGAGCUAGGAGAGUAUGGGCUGCAGGCAUACACCGAAGUGAAAACCGUCACGGUCAAAGUGCCUCAGAAGAACUCCUGAAGAACUGUGCCGACUCCUGGCGGAGGUUGACGUCAGCAGCAAAACCAAGAAAACUGACACUUGUACACUAGAAGUCUCGAAAGAGAAAUUCUCUCACAAAAUCUCUUGAUCAAGAAAGUCUCAGGGGCGCCUGGGUGGCUCAGUUGGUUAAGCGACUGCCUUCGGCUCAGGUCAUGAUCCCGGAGUCCCGGGAUCGAGUCCCGCAUCGGGCUCCCUGCUCGGCGGGGAGUCUGCUUCUCCCUCU